UGAAAAUAAAACAGGAACCAGGUUUUUGGGUUUUCCCCAUAUUGUAAAUAUUUCCAAUUUCACUUCAAACAAAAUCUUGAAACAAUGGACGAGCGUCACAAUUCUUACAAAGACAUGCUUCUUGAUGUCUCACAAAAGAUCAAUGAAGACGACUUAAAGCGAAUGAAAUUCAAAUGUGAUCAGAUAAUCAAAAAACGACAAAAUGAGAAAAUUGCCCAAGCUACAGAACUGUUUACAGCCUUGGAAGAGAGAGGAUAUCUCAGUGAAACUAACUUAAACUAUUUGAAAGACCUGCUUAAAACUUGCUGUGGUGGGAAAAUUGAUGGUAUUCGAGUACUUGAAAACUAUGAGAGAAUAUACAUUCCAGGUUUUGUUCCUUCUGUACCACAGAACCAGGCACCACCAGGACUGCCAGGUCAAGCUCACGCUCAGUUUAUACCAGGUUUUCCCCAGCCACCAGGUCAACAAAUUGUGUAUGUAGUACAGAAUGGUAACGCACCACCUGGAACACACAACACUAGCCAGCACAGGCAAAGAUAUGAAGGACCUGAUUUGAGUAAGGAAAUUAGUUUUCUGUGUAAGAGUCUUGGACGAGACUGGAAAUUUUUUAUCCGAUCACUUGGAUUGCCUGAGGACGAAAUUGAGAUGAUAUCCUGUGAUUAUAGAACAGUACGCGAGAGGAUACACCAGUGUUUGUUGGCAUGGCAACACCAAGAACAACAAUGCGCCAGUCGAGAUAAACUGAUAGUAGCUCUUAGACACUCAUCUGUUCAGAGAAAUGACUUGGCAUCAAAAUUAGAGGAAGGGAGGUAUUAACAUGAAUGGCAUUCAUAUGUACGUUUGAUAUCGUCAACAUGUACAUUGGAACUUGUUUAUAAACUGGUCUUUUUGCAUAUUACUAAACUAGGAUUCUAAAGAAACUGGAUGAAUUCAUUGCUUUUAGUUUCCAACAAUUUACAAGCAAUAAA